CUUUACUACACAACAGACGGGGGGUUGUACUUUGACUAUUAAUCUAUUUUAUCCUGUUAUACACACGCUAUAUACAUGCAGCCAUCACCACAUUUACCUGCACUCCACACUCUCAGUGAACUCUUGGGGACAUCUUUCUCCGACCAGCUGAAAGCCCUUUUGGAUGGGGCUGGGCCUACCGACCUGCUACGUGUCCAGCUCAGCCUAUGCAGCUUGGCCGGGAAUGGGCUUGCAGAGCAAUGUGAGAAGUCGAGACCAGUCGUGGCCUAUGUCGACCUUGCGAGCGGUCAUCGGGUAAAUGAGUCUGGGCUGGCGCCGGUUUCGGUUCCUGGUGAAGAGGUUAGUUGGUAUAGCUAGACCGUGGAUGGAUUGCUGAUUGAAGCACUACGCCUGGGGAGAUCAGGACUCUACCAGUCAGCCUCCUCACACUCCGUCCUCGAAAAACACUGUGAAUGCGUCUCGUACCGCAGGGACGCAGCAUGCAGAUGAGGAGUCUGGUAAAGGCAAUGUACGGGCCAAACGACGAAAGAUGUCUAUAGACACAGAACCGGAAAUUUGUGUAUCUCUCACUGCUGGUACAGAUACUACCCGCGACAACGAAGAGUCCACUAGGCCGUCUGGGGAAACACGUUCUAUCCGCCAGGUCCAUAGCGACAGUCGCUUUCCGCUGCGAAAACCACGCCAGGAACCAGUCGUGCCCGUCAUGACCCCUACCUCUACCGACAAGCUACUUUCUGGGAUAUGGCGGCAGAUUCACUCGGAGGUCAAAUGGGGCCAACCCAAUCUAUUGGUGGAUCCGGACACCUACAUCGGCGGAGGAAUGAGCAAGGAAGCUUUCCGACUGGUUAACACCAUAUGCCUGACGUGCCACGGCCAGAGUCAGUCGUCGCGCGCCCUGGAAAUGAUAGUGCAGGCCUACUGGGUAGACUGUUUCGAAGCGCGCAUUGUCGCAUUUCAGAUAGAGCAGCCUCUACUUUCCGUAACCGAGGCGCGUAUGACGGUGCUACGGGAGGCAUGCGCUGUGCUACGGCUGACGGAAAAAGAGCUUCGAAAUAGGUUAGGGAUCUGGCGCGGAUACAAGGAGAUCAAAGAAGCCGGCGGAUGGGCGAGCCUCGUGUUCGCUGGGUCCGGAAUAUACCGGUUCUGCAAAUACCGCAUUGGCUUCAACGAAGGACUGACAACUCAACUACGCCACCUGCGACAGAGCUUUGAAGUAGCUGCCGAUACCCUCCAUCCCCAGUGGCGGCAGCUACUCGGUAUAGUCGGCCAAGCGUCCCCGCCCCGGUACACCGGACAUCCGCACCAGUGGGUGAUCGUGGACAGCCAUCCCGCACAGCCUCUGAAGUCUACUUACAGACAUCUCGGCGUGGAGGAGCUCGACUAUCAGUUCAUUGAUAAGUCGGUAAUUGAUCAGGACGUGUUUGGUAGCCGCGAUCCGCGACUGAUGCCGCAGAUUAAUCCUGAUAUCUGUUCGACAUGCGCGGAGCGACAGUCGGAUAAUAUCACCCUUAACCGGUGCAGCUGUUUUCCGGAUCUCUUUGGCUGUCUUAGACUUCCCACCGCAGUCCAGGUUGUUGGUACCCAGAACGGGAAGAAUAACGGUGUUGUAGCUCGUCGGGACUUCGAACGCGGCGCCGCAAUCGGGGAAUUCAUCGGUCUAAUCACCAACGGCGUCGAAGGUCGCGACGUAAUGAUAGGCGGAUCAGAAUCACACCGCUACCAGAUCUUCCAAGGGCAAAUGGGCAACUUUACUCGCUUUAUCAACCACUCCUGUAACCCGAAUAGCCAGUUCCAGCGGUUCUGCUGGCGCGGGUCGGAGCGCAUCGUCGUUGUAUCGCGUGGUGUUCUUUCUGGUAGUGAGAUCACGGUGGACUACUCGGAUCAUUAUUGGAGUUGUUUGGAUAAGGUGUGUCUUUGUGGGGAGUUGUGUUGUCGUUUUUUGGGGAAGAGGGCAGGAUCCUUUGAGUGUUGAUUUGCGGUAACACCUCGUAGGGGCGUUUUACCAAUAUUACGGAGCGCGAGAUAAUAUAGAUAUGGACCACAUUGCUUGGAGCAAACAGGUAGAUUAUUCUCAAUUAAUUCUCAUCA